UAUUAAAUUUGAAAACAUUCUAUAAACUAGUAAAUAGAGCUAUUUUUCGAAAAAGUUUUAGAAUGUUUUAUCUUUCAAAGUAAAAAUAAUAAUACAAUAUUGACAGAAGCCGGAUGAGUAAUGUGAGAUGCCUAUCCAGUAAUUUGUACUAUUUAUAUUUUUGUCCUUCAAGAUAACAUAAUAUACAAUAUAUCACAAUGUUGGACAUUUCAAAAAAUGAAUCAAUUGCAGAAACAUCUGUACGUAAAUAUCAAAAUGAUAGCGAUUUUGCUGUAGCGUUUAAAAAUUUACUACGGCCUAUCGAAACACUUGCAAAAAAAAAACAUUGUGAACCUCUUCAAUAUGAUCUUAUCAAGGAAUUGGAUUCGUUUUUGAUUCACUUGAGAGUAGAUACUGAUCUAGGAGGUUCCUUAGUAUUUGUAGAAGCUGCAUUAAUGAUUCAAAAUGUCAUACUUAUUUAUCAAAAAAGAGUUGAUGAAUUAAUUGAUGUCAUGGUGAAACUUAUUGGGAAAUUCCGAGCUUACCGAAUAAAUGACAAUAUUGAUGUAGAUUUUGAUGCAGAGAACGAAGUAGGAAAUAAAAAAAAAAAGAAAGAAAAAAAGGUAAAAUUUUAUUCUUCUUUUGAACCAAUAAAAGGGCACACCAUUGGAACACUGAAAACUUAUGACUGCAAAGUAAUAAAUUUGGGUAAAAAACCACCAGUACAAAGAAUUGUACUCAAUGCUAAUAUAAAAGUAGAUAACAAGUACAGUAAAAUAUUGCCUUAUAUCUGUAUUGGAAAUGGAGAUAAUAUUGGAAAGAAAUAUGACUAUAUGUUAAAUUUUCCUCUAAAUCGUGAUUUGGCUGUAAAUGAGGAAUUUGAUUGUUCCACUACUGAAGAUCCAAAUUCUGCAACUCCUCUCAAUUAUCGAAAAAGCACUGACCCAUUACCAUUGAAUUUAAUGGAAGUUGAUGAAAUCGAUGAAACAUUUCCAAAUACUCCCGAUCCAGUAAUUUUUGAUCAGACAGUUACUGAUGAAGUUUGUGUUGCUAAUGCAAUGUUACCAAAUCCAGAAAAUAUAUUGAAUGUUAGCCAAAUACCUCAAAAUACUGAUGAUGUAUGGGAUUCAGUUUUAAAUGCUAAGGAUAAUAAUUUUGCAGAUAAACCUUGUGUAAAGAAAAAAGGAUCUAAAAAAGAAGAUGGUGGAAUGUGGUUACCAACAUAUACUGUAGCAGAAUUAACAUGUCAAAUGUUUAGAUUGAAAUCUGGUUUAUAUGCUGAUACUGUAUUUCGACAACUUAUCCAUGAUGCACUGGAAGUUCAAAGAUCCGAAAUAGCUAAAUUAAAAAAAAAACGCAUUAUAGAGGAAGAAAAAGAACGAUUUGACUAUCAUGAUAAGGAAAUUGAAGAAAAAUUGAAAAAUGGUGAUGAACCAGGAUUUAUAGGCUUUGACAGUCCAAUUCAUGAUGACAAUGAUUUAUUCGGAGAUGUUGACCAACCGGAAAAUGAAGAACCGAUGGAGGACGCCAAUAUUGAAAAUUUUCAAUCAUAUCAGAAAAAUGCACUAGAUAUGCAGAAACAUGAACAAAAUCAAAUCGAAAUGAUGAAUGAACAACUAAAAAUGCGACAACGAGUACAAGAAUGGCAUAACACCCUGCGUCCAAUUUUAGAAGAAGAAGAAAAAAGAAUAGAGUUUGAUGUACAUGAAUAUGGAACACGUAUAUUGAGCUGCUUUGAAUUUAUUGGUGAAAAAAAAUUAUUUAGAGAAUUAGUUGGAGGACUAGACAAAGAAGAAGUAGCUCGAUAUUUUUUGUCUUUAUUAAUGAUGGUUAACACAUAUAAUUUGGAAAUAUCAAAUGACAUUGCCGAGAACGAUAUAUCAAUCACACUUUUAAAGAAGGAAAGACAUCAUGAAGAACUUCAAGUUAAUAUUGGUAAUCAAGUGAAUCAAGAACAAAAUUGAUUAUGAAAAUUAUUUUAUGAUUGUGCCUUUUAAAUAUUUAUACUUUACGAAAAUACUUUUGCAUACUUGUCUUUACUGAUACUGAUGGUGCAUUUUUUUUACCUCAUUUGAGUGCAUUUUUGUCCUUAUUUUGUAUAAGAUAUUUGAAAAUUUUGUUAAAUUAUUAUUAUUUUUGAAAAUCCAUUUUUUAGUGUCUUUACUUUUAAAAUAUAAUUCAUAAUAUUAUAAUAUUUUACAUACAGAUCAAGUAUAAAACAAAUUGCAGCUCAAUAUAAGUAAUAAUUAUACAUGUCGUCAAAUAAUAAUUAAUUUAUAUUUAAAUUUUGUUAGUGUAUAUAUUUUUAAUAGUUUUAGAGAAUAAUUAACAUAUUUAAAUAAUCAAUACAAUUGGUUGGAUCAUGACUAAAUAAAUAGGUAUUAUAACAAAAAACCA